AUGUUCGAGCAAUUUAUCAAAGCUGGUGGGGACAAGGACCAGUUCGUCCGGCGCUUCAUGCUGAAGAAGACCUCUGAGUCGACCAACCAGUUGGAUGAGGAGGGUGGCUAUUACACCCCCGAUGAAAUGAAGAAGCUGUUGAACUAUUCCUCGACCGACCUGGUUGACAAGAACAUCAAGUACUAUUGGUGCCGCACACGUGUCAAAGGUCUCAAGCGCUUGAGGCAGACACAGACUGCCGAGGAAACGGCUGAAGCUGAGGGCACUGGCCCCAUGAUGCUUAGUGGCUUGGAUAAGAAUGCUUGCUUGCCUUCAACCAUGGGCAUCCGAACCGCCGCUGAUGUGGAGGGUGUCAAAACCGAGGAGGAGAAGCUGGACAUCCAGCAGAAGGAGCUUCUAGGGAUGCAGGAGAAGUGCUCCAACCUUCUGGAUAAGCUGUCUGGGGUUCCUGAUGAGAAGAAGGAUCGUGCCAAUCAGCUUCGACCCAAGCUGGAAGAAAUGUCCAAGUCGGCUGAGAAGCUUUAUGAGAGAAUGGCAGAAAGUGUGGCCAAGCUCCACACGAAGCAGCUGGAUAUCAAGACCCCCGAGGGAAACAAGCUCAUCUUGGAUCUUACAACCGAGGGCAAGAAAUUGCCUGGGUGCUGCAUGUGGACGGGUCUCGACCGGCCUGUCCUUCGCAAGCCGCCGAAGAAGAAGGAGGAGGAUGAUGAGGUGCCGUGCUCCAAGAUGGUGGGGCUCGCGAAGGCAAUGACGGCCGAUGGUCUGACGGCCUCGGGUAGUGGCUUCAUCAAUGAGCUAUCAAAGGUUUCGGAGAAAGAUGCUGAAGAGAAAGCACACAAGCUGCUGCAGAAGCACAAACUGAGUCUGCCCAUCCCGCUCAGGAAUGUUCAUGGGGAUCCAGCUAUCCAAGGUUUUCCGAGAUUGAAGCCUUUAGAUAUCUUGCAACACAUGGCUGAUUCCGGGCAUCUGAACAAGCUGCUGGGUGGAAGGAGUGUGCAGUCCAGUCAUCUGCUUCUAUUGUCUUUCUGGGAAAACUAUAGAGCCAUACAUCCGGACUUCGAGCUUUUCUCUUCACACCACAGCGAUAUUCCUCUGGAAGACUGCAUACCGAUUGUUGCACAUAUUGACGGAGGGAGAGGCUACAAAAAGAGCGAGUUUAUGAUAUUCGAUUGGGCGGCUAUCAUAGGCUCAGGUUCGGGGAAAAAGAACAAGAAGGACCCAGCUGUUCGAGCUUUCAGAUCCCGUGGCUACAAAAUGCAGUUGCCUUUGCUGGGCCAUUCCUACAAUUCCCAUUUUCUCUAUGCUGCGAUGCCUUCUUCCUUUCAUAAGAAUCAAGAAGAUUCAUUUCAGGCCUUGCUUCGUACGUUUGCCGAAGACCUCAGGGAAUGUUUCGACGAGGGAAUUUCUUGGAAAGGCCGGGUUCUGCGCUUGGUUUGCCUGGGAUUAAAAGGUGAUCUCAAACUUCAGGCACGUGCCGGUCGCCUAACCAGGUGGUUCACAACAGCACGCAAGGCUCCAUAUUCGGAAACAGCCAAGGGUUCUGGACAAUGCUGUUGGUUGUGUUCAGCCGGGGAUGUCACUGCCCCAUUCGAAGAAAUCCAUAGUGACAAUCCUGUUUGGCUUCAGCAGAUGCCUGAGUUUACAACGCCACCGUGGCGGCCUGGGCUUGAAGGAGGGAUGCUGAGACCCUCUUUGUGCUAUCUGGACCGACCUGCCAAGUUUUAUUUGGCAGAUUUGUUUCACAUCUAUUUGGCUGGAGUUGGGCAAGAUUUCUGUUCAUCAUGCCUGGUGUACAUGCUGCCGAUCUGUUUCGCUGGUGAUCAGGGCAAUAACUCCGUUGAUGCACAAAUCGAGAACUUGAACUCAGAGUCAGUGCAUCUGACAGCUUUCACGAGAGACAAAUUGCAGUUCUUCGAUGCCUCUUCGACAUUCCCUUCUGGCACUUGGUCAAAGGCCGCUGAUACGGCACGGAUCAUGAAGUUCAUUGUGUAUGUUUGUGACGAACACAAAGACACUCUCAAUGAUGACAAGAUCAUGCUGUAUAUGUAUCGUGCUGCACUCGCGAUCACCCGCUUCAUGCAGGCUCUCUAUGCCAGUGACUUGUGGGUCGACUCCGAGUUCCAUGUGGCAUAA